GAGAGCUGUGAUUGGUCAUGGCUUGUCACAUGGUACAAGGCUGUUGUGAAUAGCCUUGUACCAUGUGACCUCUGUGAUCAUUCACAGAUUUCACUAGUAGUAAGCAGUGAUGUCAGCAAGUGACAUCUUGCUUACUACUAUUCAUGUGAUCACUGAUUGGCCAAUCAGUGAUCACAUGAUCGGACCUCACACAGAGGUCCCGUACAGCAAUCGAUUCCAUGCACUCCCAGUAAGGGCGCACAGGCUGCAUACUAAAGCUUGCCAUACGUUAUACAAUUUUCUUAUUUGAUUUCCUUUAGAUUUUCCUUCAACUAUGUAGUGCAAGGGCCAGUCUGA